ACGGUAUCGCAAAUCCGGCGUCGAUCUCGCGACUCGAACGUGCACACUUUUUCGACUUCCGAUUGUUUAUUGUUUAUUUAUCAGUGAAUUCGCAUAUGACCCUGUUUUGAUGUCCCGUUUUUUCGAAGAAAAGGAUAUCUAGUGUUGAAUCAAGAAUUCCGUUGCGUGAGUUACGACUAGUUUUCAAAGGUUACGAUUUGGAUGAUUCCCGGGGUCGCGUAAGCCCGGCGAAUUGUGUCGCUCGCCUAACUGUACCGACAUUUUCGUUUACGGUGAUUCGUCGAAAAGUGCUUCAAGUUGUUGGAUCUUAAAAAGUGCGUCAGAAAAUCGGAAAAUUGAGUGUUUUAUCUGAAAAGGACGACGAACUUAGGGAAGUCUGUGCUGGCUUAAACAGCCUUUGGUUUCCUCUUGUUCGAUGAACAGGAGAGCGAAUCAAAUCGCUUAAAGUACGUGAGCAGAGCGAGUACAUGUUAUGGGAGGUACGAUGUCCGGACCCUCCCGCUGUUGGCUCUUCCUAAUCCUGGGAUGUAUGACUAUAGCAACGUUUGCCCAAAAUCCUAUUGAAGAGAAAACAACCUUCGAAGCUGCCUUUCAAGGAAGGUGCGGACAUGGUUCACCCUGUGAGCAGCUGUGUUAUGAGCUUCACGACGGGAUGUACGAGUGCGAUUGCAAGGAUGGCUACAUUCUUCAUAAAAAUGGAUAUAGCUGCGCUGAGCUGAAUGCAACUUCUCCGUCUACGAGCGAGUUAGGAGAACUCGCGAACGACCUCGAAAGCGAUGAGUUAAGCUCUGACAACGAAGAGGAGGACGAUGUCGCAGAAGAUGUUCUGUAUAUGCGCGGAGCUUCCUUUACGAUACACCUGGAGCCAGGUUCUGAAAAUUUCACAAUAAAUUUCACAAGCAAUGAAGAAAUAAGCAACGAGAUUCCGGAAAGGGGACAACUGCGUCCUACUUCCCAAGGUCCGAAUUUGGAACAAAAGCUUCCCUCGACAACGGAGAGCAUCUUGAGUACGGAACCUUCUUGUUCUUUGGAAUGUGGACCCGGGGGCAAUUGCUACACAGAAGAACUUCGAAGCGACGAAGAAGAAGAAAAUAUUCUCGGAGGAAACGACUUCUCCACGUCGAGACGGAAGCAAGAGUCCUUGACACAGAGGUGUCAGUGCCCCCUUGGCAGAGGUGGCGAUCGAUGUCAGCAUGAAAUCGAAGUUAGGUCACCACGCUUCACGGGUUUAGGUUGGCUCGCCUUUCCUGCUUUAAGAGCAGCUUACAAGCAUGUUCAACUGGAGCUCGAGUUUCGACCCGAAGCAUGGGAUGGGGUGUUACUGCUGGCUGGUGAACGGGAUGACCUCCAAGGCGACUUUAUGGCCCUGAUGCUUCAUCAUGGUUUUGUCGAGUUGAGAUUCGACUGUGGAAGUGGAGUUGGAAUAGUAAGGAGCUCUGAGCCCGUUAAACUCAAUGAAUGGAACACCCUGAGCAUUUACAGGCAUCGAUGGGAUGCUUGGAUUCAACUCAACCGGGAGAAGAGAGUUCAAGGCAGAUCAAAGGGUCUAUUUUCGAGAAUAACAUUUAGAGAACCGCUUUUCGUCGGUGGUCCCGGAAACACAACUGGUCUAGAGAGACUUCCGGUCAGAAACGGCUUUAGGGGUUGCAUCCGACACCUGGAGGCCAACGAACAUCGUUAUCGUUUCCCUCUUGCCCCAAAGGGAGAUGCUGCAAAUGGCUUUGAUGUCGAGGAAUGUACAGCAGACAGGUGCAGCAAGGUGCCAUGCUCUCACGGAGGAAAAUGUUUAACAACUGGUGGUGACACUGCUGUUUGUCUGUGUCCUCUCGGAUACACAGGUGACCUAUGUGAAACAAGGGUAGAUUUACAGGUGCCGUCCUUCAAUGGUUCCUCAUACUUACGGUAUCCGGGAUUAGCGGAAACGUCGCUUUCCUGGUUAGAAUUGACCGUCACUCUCAAACCAACAGCGCGCAAUGGUGUGAUCCUCUAUAAUGGUCACCACAGCGAUGCUACUGGUGAUUUUAUUGCACUCUAUCUAUCUGGUGGUCAUGUUGAAUUCACGUUCGAUCUGGGAACUGGACCCGCAACUUUAAGGAGUGAAUCGCCUGUGAAACUAGGCGAGUGGGUGGAAGUACGAGUCUCAAGGACCGGACGUCUGGCUUCCUUGGAGGUUGAGGACGAACCUGCGCAAGAAGUUCUGACACCAGGAGCUUUUACCCAAUUGUCGCUGCCCCUGAAUCUCUAUUUAGGUGGCGCUCCAUCCUCGGAAAUUUAUUCCCCAAAAAUGAAAACAAAGUCAAGCUUCGUUGGAUGCAUACAAACUGUUAUUCUAAAUCGCAGAGAAGUUGGCAUUCUAGCUGAAGCUCUAGGUGGAGUGAACGUAGGAAAUUGCGGACAUGCUUGCGAGGCUCGACCCUGCGGCGUUGCCGAGUGUCGUCCUAUGAGAGAAAGAUUCACCUGCAGAUGUCGACCAGGAACAACACAUUCCUGUCCAGCGACAAGCGAAUAUAUCCUCUCGAUAACUUCGCCGACGAAACCCAAAAUUUCCCUCGGGCAUCCUCACGACAAAUCUGUGCCUAGCUUUACUGGCACCGAAAGUUACCUACAUUAUAACGACGCUGAGACCAUGAAAAGGAUUAUUAGCUAUAGGGUAGACAUAAAUAUGAGGUUUAGGGCUAGCAGUAGCAGCGGUCUUCUACUCUGGAGUAGUCGACAGUCUGAUCCUAAAGAGGAUCAGAAGUCAAAGAAUGAUUUUCUUUCUCUUGGCUUGGACCAGGGAUACCUCACUUUAGCGUACAAUCUUGGAUCUGGUGAAGCCACACUCAGAUAUAAUCUCACUAGAUUAGACGACGAUUUGUGGCAUCGUAUCAGAGCCGUUAGAAACGAGCAAUGGUCAUCCCUCAUCGUAGACAGCGGACCUGGAAUUUCAGUAUCAUCUCCAGGACAAUUACGACAAUUAAAUACUGACACGGGCCUCUAUAUAGGUGGUGCGCCCGAUAUCAUCAGGACGACUGGGGGGAGGUUCAAAAAAGGAAUCGUGGGCUGCAUCAGUGACCUGGUCCUCGACUCCGAUUUUUCCGUGGCACUUUCACAGCCAGAAUCGGCAACCAACACCAAUUCGUGCAUCCCUUGAGUAAGUCUUCUUUCGCCUUCAGGCGAUGAAAAAAUGAAGAUGUGGCGCUAGGAUAUAGAAAUUUUUGGAAUGAAAAUACUCCAGUGAAAAAAUUGGGAACCGAAGCUGUUUUAAUUCUGUACAGAUUCCCUCGUCACCAUUGAAUGACUUGAGUGUUAUCAAGAAAUAGUCCGCGAAAUUAUUAUUAUAUUAUUAUUAUAUUAUUAUUACAUUCUCGCCCCCUUUCUAAUUUCCCCUCGCAACAUUUUUCAUUUCUUUUUUUCACUUUAGAUUUAAGGUAUAAAAUUAAUUUGAAAGUUGAGUAGUGAAAACAUAUCAAGAAACUUUAGCACUGCCACCAGAGCAUACCUUGAAAUAAUUCAAAGCUCAGUGAUUCUAUUCUAAAGAUAGUUUUAAGGAAAUUAAUUUUAUUUGUUUACUCUUGUUUUAUAACUUGGAGGGAAAAUAAUUUCAAUAGAAUUAUAGAUAGCAAUGGGAAUAAAAAAUGUUGCAUGGAGAAGUAAUAAAUGGGAGAAAUUUAGAAAAAGACGAGUUGGCCUAAUCAUUCUCGAAAUAAUAGUAAAACCCCUUCGCGUCAAUUUCCUGACACCAGUCCGACCGGAACUCUUAACUUUUAAGAGUGUAAAUAUCCGUAAAAUUUAAUUUUUUUGCAGCAGUAUCUGAAUUUUUAUUAAAUUUUUAAAUUACAUGAAAAAAAUAUAAAAUUAUUUGGGAUUCGAGUCGGACAUGUAAAUGUGUGUAAAGAUUUGCAAGGGACGGACCAAAGUUACUUAUGAUCGAUAAGAUUGAUCAAUAAGAAAAGCCGCCAUCAUAAAAUCCUUGCGUUAGGCAACUGUAGUCUAUUAUUUACAAAACUGCAAUAAUAAUUAUAAUCAAAAGGAAUUUCUUCAGGAAAAGAAAGAGAAUUUUAUUUUGCUGGUUGGCCCUGAUUUUUGAGAAAAUAAUCCCAUGUGUAUAAUAAAUAUACUAUAGAAAAGUUCUGAUUUAAUGUAUCAGGGUUAGUAUAAAAUUUGUAAACCGGUGGGGAAAAUCGCAGGUCAAUAUGUAUGCACAUCAUAUCUAGAAAAAUCAGGAGAGAUACUACGAUUUAGAAAAUUAGAUAAUAACGAUAAGGGGUCACUCAAAAAUUACAUAAGGUUUAUUUUUUUAUUUUUCUGGAAAUAAUAUUAAAAUGAAAUUAAUUUUUAAAAAACAGCUUCCAAAUGAUUUUAACUAGAUUUUUUUAAAGACAUUUUAACAUUUUGUCUCUUUAUAUCCAUAAAUAAUAAUUUGACUCUCACAGGUAAAAAUAGUCCUUAUGAAAUUUAUAAAGGACCCCUCAAAUAAUGUAUCGACGUCACGAAAGUUAUUUUAAAGCCAAGGUGUAAGCACUAUUUCCAACACAUCGUAGAAGCAAUGGGAUAUAGUCAAUUUUGUACGAGUGUUAUUUUCUGGAAACUAUAUUAUAAAUAUACAACACAAAUAUAAAGUAUACAUAAAUAUAUAUAUAUAUAUACUGAGAGCUCGAUCAGUGAUCACGUAGCUAAAAGGGGAAAUAAUUAAUAACAAAGGGAAAAUAAAAAAUUUUUAUUAAAUAAUGAAGCGUCGUCUUAGAAGAUAAAAGUAGGUGUAUCACCAGGUGUAAAUGUAAAAUUCUAAAAUCUACACAUAUUCUUUUCUUAGUUCACAACUUUUUACGAGGCGACAGCCUUUUGCAUUUUACGAAUGUGUGUUUGUGUAUAUAUAAGUCUCCUUAACGGCGACUUGAAUGCAGGGUUUCAAUACAACCAUUUUUUUAUUUACUUCCGUGAGUUAGUUCCUUUUUAAAUUUUAAUUUGGAUCGAUUAGGAUAAUAGAAACAAACAAGGAAUUCAUGGAUAUUUAAUUUAUUAAAAUGUGAAAUAAUAUGACACCCAACAGUGUUAGAUCUAUGGCUCUACUCUCUAAUCUGGGGUUAGCAACCUAAUCUCGUCAACCUCGUUUUGUGCUGCCCGCAGUGCCACGUAUGCGUAGUGGCGUUAGUUGCCAGCAUAAAACAAGAUUAACGAGUUUAGACUGCUAACCACAGAUUGGAGAGAGCAUUGAGGUACCGAAUAGGAGUUUUAUAUCCGGAAAUCGUUUUGCAUCCAUUUUUCUUUUAUUUUAUAAUUUUUCUUUAAGAAAUUUUGCAAAACAAGUCCCGUUUAGAUUUGUGCGUAUAUUGUACAGUUUGCAUAAUCAGAUAAUUAUAGAAUACGAUGUAUUGUAUCUAGCGUAUGUGUUAAUGACGAAAUUGCGUGAUAUUAGCGAUACACUCUAUUAUUUUUUAUUUUAUAGGUGAGAUUUUGUUGUCUGUUUUUUACGACUAGUGAUUGACGUAUCUUGGGGGAAAAUGGAUCUAGAGUGAAUUUUGUUAGUUUUUUAUGUA